CGCACGCGAGGAGCCGAGCAAUCCGCACGGCGGGUCAAGACGUUGAGGCCGAGCGGCAGCCAGCGCCAGCCAUUGUGCCCGGACGGAAUGGACGAGUCGAGACGGAAAAGCAACUGUUGUGUCGAGGGCCCGCGGCGUCUCGGGGGCCCCCACCCUACGGUGGUCCAGUGAGUGCGGGACGGGAGUGCAGCAGGACGAGGCCGCGGCGGCCGGACACGGGCCGCCCGACGACGAUGCCGUGAUGGCAAGAGAGGACGCGCGCGGCAAGCGGCCCUUCAAAUUAUGGGACGGGCAGCGUAGCGUGCGCAAGGGGCUGGUGGUGGGAAGCCUCGAGGAGUUGGUGGCGCGCGGCCGUGACAAAUUGGGCGUCGCAGCUCAAGACCCUGUGAGACUGGUAUUAGAAUCGGACGGUACUCAGGUAGAAGACGCCGAGUACUUCAGAACCCUACCGCCGAAUAGUGUAUUGUUAUUGUUACGACCGGGAGAAAGAUGGUUACCGGCUGGAGUUGAUGUUAUCCGUGCAGUCUCUGCAAUUCCCAGAAUUGUAUGCGAGACUAUCAACGCACUGGAGUUACAGGAUGAAACGCCCUCGUGGAAAAUCAUGGACAACAAGGGCCGGGUCACAGUCGUAUUACACUGGGACCAACGGCCAGGACGAGGGCCUGUUGACGUACCAUCACCAGCCAAGUUUUCGCCAAGUAAACGGCCACCCACGGGAGCGGGGACACAGCCUCCGGCUGCUCCCAAGGGCCCGCCGCCGCCUCAAGAUGGAUUUACGCCGCCUCGGAGGGCCAGCCCGCAGAUCACUGUGAUAAACCACGACGAGGUUCGACCUUUGGGUGCUCGUCGCACUAGUUCCCUGGAAGCGCCAGUGCAUGUGCACACGUCAGAAUGUGCGCAUCAUGCUCACCUUCCUCGCGCCGGUAGUCCUCAGAACGGCACGAUCGAGUGCGACUUUCAUUGCUGCGCGUUGCACGAGGAAGGCCGACGCAUCGCCGUGCAUAAAUCGGUAGCAACGUCGCCCAUCCAAGACGCUGCCGCCGGGGCACAAGCCCAGGCUUCUCCACAGCCACGACAUGUCCGUUUUUUAGACGUUGAAGGUGACGGCCGAGGCAGCGGACGCCUCUCUGAGCACGAGUCCUCCGAGUCCGAGACGGAAAACACCGUCAUGGAGGACGAGGCCGUCACCUCCGAAAAGUUCCUUCUGCUCAUCGACCAGCUUAGCGUCGAUCAAAAGCGCCACCUAAGCAUCAAGGAUAUCGGCAUCAUCCUGGAGAGGCUCAGUUCGAAAAUUUUGGACGUGGAACGACUAGACCGGGAGAGCGAGAGUGACGAUUGUUACAAUUGGACCAUCAAGGCUACCAUCCGAGGCGCCGAUAUGCGAGAGUUAGGAGUCAUCUACAACGGCAACUACUACGCGAUCUCGGAGCACCCAGGUUAUCGUGAAGAGAACGAAGGCAUGCUUGAGGAGGCCGAAGAGGAGGAAGAUGAGGAGGAUCGACUGUGAACGCCACUGCCACAUUUGCGCACAAUCGAGCGCGCGGUGCGCACAUAUCGAACUUAACCGAAAGGUGGGAAAAUCGUGUGUGAUUGGUUCGUGAGUGAAUAAAUCGGAGAGAGAAAUGUACAGAGCUGAUUAAAUUGUAGUAAUUAUUAACGGGUAAUUCAAAAUAAUAAAUUUCUAUUUAUCCUUUUUCAAUAAAACACGGGUGUCAUACCGUCUUGGGCUAUGUAAUAUUUAGGAAAUAUAUUAAGAAGUACCUACUGUGGAAGUUGCAAAAGUACUAUAAUGAUCAGCUCUUUACAUAUGAAGCGAAAUCAAAAUGUAGCAUUUGGUAUAAGAGUUAAUGUUUAUGUUUUGAAAAGCCGUGAAAUAUUUUUCUUUGAAGUGAAAAGGGGUUCUAGGACCAGAAAGUAAUAAAAUCGAUUUAGAUAAUAAUUUUACCUCUUCGUGAAUUCAAUAAUAAUAAAAAAAUAAUUUCAUAUUUGAUAAUUUUAAAAUAAUUUUGUAUUAGACGUCUUAGAAUAAAUGCUACAACUCCGUGACUUGUGAUAAAGGUUUUGGGCUUUAAAUAAAAUAAUUGUUCCACCUUACCUAAAUAAACAAUUUCGAAGACGAAAAAACGGGGACACUUUUACGAGUGACUAAAAAUAAAACGCGUCGUCGUCAGAGUACCGCGCUUAGACUCAACUACAAUUUAACUAAAAAAAUCGCUUUGUACUUUUUAUAAUAAGUGUCAAAUAAAUCGCGAAUAGUCGACUUAAGGUUCAAUAUUUUUAAGACUAAAAUUUAAACUUAGGAAAAAAGUUCAUAGGACAAAAAAUAUUUAUAAAGUUGUUUAGGUAACUAAAAAAACAAAAUAUUUAUUAAUUGAUUAUUGAGUUAACCGAUUGUACAUUGCUCAAUGCUAAAUAACCUAAUUUGUUCUAUAUGUUUUUUGGUAAUUAAUAAUAAUUGAGAGACGUUGUAUAUUUGUCAAAAUUUUGAGUGGUUUUAACUCAGGUAAAAUAAGGACAAAAUCAGAAUAAUGGUAUUAGAUUUGUGCCAAAGAUCUUUGAAUAUCUUGAAAUUGAAUAGUUGAUUGGUAACGAUAACUAUACAAUGCAUUGAUUAAUUGGAAUAUUAAUAAAGUACAGUAAUUUUAGAUACUCUGAGUUCAUUUUCUUUCCACUCGCUCGCAAUCAUCAAUAAAUGAGAGGGAAGACAAAUAACUUAGAUUUUCUUUUAAAUUAUUCUGUUUUGAAAAAAAAAGGAUUUCAAAACUCAGUAACAGAUUUGUAUAGGUAAUUUGUAUUCAAUUUCAAGAUAUUCAGUUGAACAAAAAAACUCAAAAGGCUGUUAUAAUAACUAUAUACGAAUAAUUAUCUGUUAUAAGAAAUAAUAACGUAAUAUUGUGCCAAUUUACCCUCUAAAUUUUGAUUGGUGUACCCGAAUAUUUUGAUGAGGUAUACCGCAGAGCGUCUGGAGUUUUUUUGGUGGAAAUGUUUAAGCGUCACUUUUUUAUCCGACCCAAGGUUGCUACCAACUUGAUUCUAAGCAAAGACUGCUAUAUGUGUUUUGACGUUGUAGUAUGUUUCAAUUUUCAGUAGAUUGUGCAUUAUUUUCAUUUCACAAUCGGAUACAAAGUCACAGUAACUCACUUGGUGAAACAGGAUAUGUGAGGUAGAAUUUGACAUUUUGAUUUUUUUUUUUAAUCAAAAUAUUGGCUCCUAAACAUUUCCGCUAAAACCGCCCAUCUAGUUAAUUUUUCAUGAUAAUGGAAAACGAUCGUGUAGGUCUAUAUUAGAUAAUCUAUUCAACAAAUUCCUGGGAGUUUUUGGGUGGUGGCGAUUUGGCUUUUUCCAAGAAACCUUUUUUUUGUCAGUGGUUUCUCAUUAUUAGGCCAAUCGCCCCCUCUGAGUCCCAUUUUUUAAAUUACACUGCCAAGAAAUACAUUUUUGGAGGCGAUUAGUUAUGUUAAAAAUAAGGUAAGUUCGCCUAUAAAACAAAAACUUCACCUCCCCGAUGGUCCCAAAUUCGGACGUCGUCCGGGGCCAGGAUUCCGGCCAACCCUUCGUAGCGUAGGCCGGGGUCGUAGACCCGGGCGGUCGGCCGAGGCACACUGCCCUAGUUUUGCGGCCGAUGAUGAUAAGUAGGUGGGCCGAUAGGGCUGCAUCUUAUCAUACAAUGUUGCCAGAUUUAAUUUUUUUUUAUCUGCAUUCAAAAAACUCCACAGGGUAAAAUUAUACUAUACCUAAUAGUUACUUAAUUUUAUGUUAUAAUAUAUAUUUUUUUUUAAUUUCAUGGACCAAUAAAAGAUUUCCUAGUAAAAAUAGCCAUCAAGACUAAGUUCAAAUGUUUUUUAACUACUAACUUUUAUUUUAUUAUGCGAAAAUUCUUAAAUAAAUCUGGCAACACUGGUUCGUCCAAAUUUUAACGCAAUCUCGCUUUGUUUUUUAGUAGGAAUUAAUUAGCUCAAUUAAAACUGUAGGGAAAGCAAAACGUGUGUCAUGCCUUUUCUGGUUACGAAAUUCAUAAAGAAAACCUGCAAAUUAAUUUUUUUUAUCUCAAUGUAAAAAUAUAAAUAAGCCUAUAAUUAUUAAUUCGGCUAGAGUCAAUAAAUCAACUUUUUUAAGCAAAAUUACUUUAACAUCGACUUUAACUCACUGUUAAGAGAAUUUAUCUUGAUACGUUGUUUGUCGGAUUAUUGAAACUAAUCCUGAAUUAUUUAUACCUUCAUGGGAAAAAUCGUAAAUAUACUCCGUUAUAAAGGUUAUUACUUGUCGAUUAAUUUUUGAGCCUUAACCCAGAUAUCUACUUUAAUUUGUUUUUAACAUUUAUUUUAUCAAGAUUUAUUGAAUAAAGGAACAGGAUGAUAGGCUUUGAAAAAUACAUCGGGAGCUGCUUUAUCUUUUGUGUUCUUUUGAAUGAACAAUAGGGGAACAUGCGUAAAUUGAAGCUUUUUUAACGAAUUGUUUUGAUAUUGUGCGAAGCAACCGAUAUGCAAUCUUCACAUCUUAAUAAACGUAAUGGUUAACAUUUUUAGGGCGCAAUGCACAAUCAGCAUCUUGUAGAUGAUCCAUAUGAUUUUUGAGCCAGAGGUGUUCGUCGUCGUCGUUUAAAUGUCAGAUAGGUAAUCUACUUUCGAUCUCUAUAAAUUGUACAACUGCAAGUUGUUCUACCCUGUCAGAUCAAACUAAAUGGCAGAAAUGCCAAUUUUUUUCGCGAUUGCUUGUUUUAUAAAAGCUAAUUUUGGCUGCAAUGUUCGACCCCGCCCAUAGUCUUGAUACACUCGUUCCAUAAAAAGUAUCGCACAUGAUUUUGGCUGAAACUUUGAAGCUGUGUCUUUCCUCAACAUGCAUGGAACGAGUUUUUAGUUUGUAGCCUGCUUCUUGUUUCAUCAAAGGCAGAAUCAUAGGUAGUUUUUUCAAACUUUUAAAGGAUGAAAAAUAAAAAUAAAAUUGGAGGUACCUAUGUGUUUUACACUUUAAAGGGCUUUCUGUGUAAAGUCAGCAUCUUUAAUACUUUUUGAGAUGCGUUUUUACUAAAGCUUGCACUUUUCGUCAUCUAAUGUAUCACCAGCGACGGCUCUGAAUGAAAUUCUUUGUUAGGAUUCUCAACAUUCAAUUUAAAUUACUCAAAUGAUUCUACCCCAUUAGCAUUAUUAUUACUUGUCGUAACAAUCCAAACCAGCCAAAUCUAACAGGUUUAUUCAAAAUGCACUGUUUGCAUAGAUUUCCCAAAAUAUGGAACUGUACAAUGAAGUCCGAACUGUAAACCUGAGUUUUUUUUUUUUAAUUUAUUGUAUCAGUCGUCGAAUCUUGGCAAAUAUUUACACAAAAAUUUUGUGAAAGUGUGACUUCACAAAUUCAAAAAUAAUUCUUGCUAUUGCUCCUGAAACAAGUUCAUGAUAAAUGUCACUUUUUUCCCAAAACACCUGAUUCCAGGAAGACGCAGAUGGCCGAGAAGGAUAUUAUUCGGCUGACACAUCAAUAGUUUUUUUUUUUUGAAAUCACACAGCUUUGUUCAUUUGCAUACAAGUCUACUUUUUCGACAUCCAAUAAGUUGCAUUGUCAAUAAAUUAUUUUGCUCACUAACAAAACUAGACAUUGAACAAAUUACCAAAGAAGAACUAUUUGGGAUUAAAAAAAAACAGUGAAAAAAUCUGAUGAGGGAUUUCUAUUUGAAAUGGCUUAAAACCUGCCUUUACCGCUGACCCUGUAUUUUAGAACAAUCAGAAUUGGAUACAUAGGUUUUAAAAGAUUCUAAAUAAGAAUCCAUUGUCAGGUUUUUCCCAAGAUUUAGCACUUUCGAAAUAGAUUAUUCCCAAUGGGCUCUUUCACUAAUUUUUGAAAUUGGCAUAUUUGGAUAAAGCACCUAAAAGCAGAAUUUUCUGUAUUUUUACUUUUGAAAAAUUCAUAGUCCUUCUUGAGAAAACAGAAAAAAAAGAAAUACCUCCAAAUAAAAACCCAGAAUUUACUUAUAUGACGUCACAGCUCGCAAUUUGACCGUGUUGCCACUAAUUGUCAACAUUGAAAAUUUGUAAUAGAUUUAAUUCUGAAUUGUUGGCAAAAUAUCAUGAAAAGUAGUUAAAUUAAUUAGUUAUGGAUUCAAGAUUUUAUAACAUUUUUUUUUUGAAAUUAUGCUUAAACACAAUUUAAUACAAUUUUUUAUGUUUAGUUUUAUUUAUUUUUUUUACGUUGCACUACAUUUAGUCACAACCGACAAAAGCGCAUUCGAAUCUUUACGUACUUAUACAGAACGCAACACAGCCGAGCCGGUCAGCUCCUUGCAACAACGAACCAAAUGAAAAAUAUUCAUGUGACGUCAUGAAUCCGCGCGUUUUAAAUCAUUUUGAAUUUCGCUAGUUUCAAGUGCCUGUAAAAAACUUAUUCAACCUUGUAGAACUUUUUUUUUUUUGGUAUACAGGGUGUAUAUUUUAAGUGAUACCACUAUUGCUAUAUCCGAAACGGUAAGAGCUACAGGGUGGGUUAAAUUAGAAAAAAGUUUUCUUUUUUGAUGCACAUUUAAGACUCGUUUAUAGUGUUGCCAAAUUCCUUUUAGUUUAUGAAAUACAGGGUGAUUUCUAAGAAACGCCCAAAAAUAUUUCAUCAAUUAUUUCGAAAACUAUUGAUUUUUGAAACACAAUUUAAAUUUGAAAGUUUUAUAAUUUUUUUCGCUCUACAACAUGGUAUCUUCAUAUUUUGAAUCCGACGUUUCGUCAUCGAGCUACCAUCAUCAACUUUAUUUUUUUAAAUACGGACCUGAAUUUUUAAUGUCAUUUUUAGGAUGCGCCUUUCAUUCCCUUUCUAAAAAUGAUAUAAAAAAUCCAGAUCCGUAUUUAAAAAAAUAAAGUUGAUGAUGGUAGCUCGAUGACGAAACGUCGGAUUUAAAAUUUGAAGAUACCAUUUUGUAGAGCGAAAAAAAUUAUAAAAUUUUCAAAUUUAAAUUGUAUCUCGAAUAUCAAUAGUUUCCGAAAUAAUUGAUGAAAUAAUUUUAGGCGUUUUUCAUAAAUCACCCUGUAUUUCAUAAACUUAAAGGAAUUUGGCAACACUGUAAACAAGUCUUGAAUGGACAUCAAAAAAAGCAACUUUUUUCUAAUUUAACCGACCUUGUAGCUUUUACCAUUUCGGAUAUAGCAAUAGUGGUAUCACUUAAAAUAUACACUCUGUAUAUGCCUAAAAUAGUCCCUCCUUUGGGAUUUUAUACUUAAAUUCCGUAUUUAAAUUUUAGUGAAAGAGCCCAUUAUAAAAAAUUAUUUGUUGAUUUUUUUAAAAUAUGCAUAUUCCUAUUGUCCUUUUACGAGAAUCGAUGUUCUUCUUGUUAGUUAACAUCUAUACGGAAAAUAAAAAUUCAUCUAGCAAAUGAGAGACGAAAGCAAGACUAUUCUUCCACAUAAUAGUUGAAUUGCCUAUUGUACUUUCAAAAGUACAAUAGGCAUAUCUCGGUUAAACAAGGGUAUUCAAAAAAUGCAAUUUCAGGCUAAUUCGUGUCAAAUUGUUUUUAUUAAGUAAUUUGCUUAUUGAUAGAAACUUUGUAGAAAUUUUGCAGUUUUCUCUCCCAGAACUGUAUAUUGAGUAGUUUUUUUCCAAUAUUCUAUUGAAGAAAUAUUUACAGCUUUGUAUCAUUUUUUUUGGCUUCCCUAUAGCUUUAAAUGAGGCUAACAUUUGAAAGAUAAUUUGUUUUUAUUAGAUAUACUUACCUAAUUAAAUUCACGAGGAUUAGACUAUAUUUGUCCGUUAUCAUAAACAAGUGGGACAGAUUGUAUUAUUAAAAAUCCACCUAAAAUUACUAAAAAAAAAUCAUUUUGUUUUGUAGUGAAUUCAAAUUGAAUUGGGUAUCUACUCUGUAAUUAGUAAAAAUUUAAUGUUAUGUCUAGUAUUAUAACCCGUUUAUAAUAUUAAUAUUGUUUUUUUAUCAAGGAAAAGGCAUUCGAAUUUUAUAAAAAUAAAGUUUCCUAAUUUGAAUUUUUAUAUAAAACAAACGAAUAAUUGUAAUUUAAAUAAAGGACGUUAAAUCGAAUUAAAAAAUUGUAUAAACAAGUACAAAACUCAGUUUUUAGCAUGCUGAUGAGUACAUAAAAUAUUAUUGCAUCGAUCAUUCGUUUAUUGAAUCCCAAAUAACACAUUAAGGCAUUUUUCCCAAUUUGUUGUGACAUUCGAUAACCACAGGCUAUGCAUGUGGUUUGUCUAAUAAAAUCAUGGAUAUCAAAUUUCAUCACAAAAAUCGGCGAAAGACCUGCCCUAAAAAUACAACGUUUCGAUCGAUGCAAUACCUACAGGUGAAUCAAUUAAACAUGAAAUGGCAGAAAAUAGGAAACGAAAAUCUUCCCUUAAAAAAAGAUAGUGAAAAAUAAAUGCGUGGCAAUUUUUUCAACUUUUAAUAACUGUUCUACUUAAUAUGUGUACAUUUUUAUUGAUUUCCUGUUAAGUAGUUAGUUUUUUUUUGGACAAGACGAAAGAAAUGACGCUAUGGGAUAACACAAUGGAUUUUCUACAUUAAUUAUUCCAAAAUUUUAUUGCUGGGAAAAUCGAAAAUCCAAUAUAGAAAAUUCUUGAGUCCAUCCUUGUCCCUUCUUUUGCAAACAGACUAUUAACUUUGUAAUGCAUACCAGUGAAGAAAGGGUAUCAAAAAAUAUUUGUAUUUAAAUAUAAACUCAAAAACUGAAAUAUUGAUAAAAUAAAAAGUAAGGAAACCUGAAAAAAAAUUGUGUACGAUAUACUUUCGACUUUUGCAAUUUUUCUUUUUGUGUUUUUAUAUUGGAAACCGUAGUUGUAAUGCAGUCUAAUAAUCUUUCGAUAAUGAUAAAGGAGGAGAAUAUUGUGUUCGAUUUCAGAUUCUUUUCAAUAAGUUUUUGUUAAUUGUUAAGAUGAAUUAAAAUAAAGAUUAUUUAUUACC